AGGAAAAAUUGAAGGCCUUAUACUUGAUAUGAACUUUUUGGAAGAUAAAUAUGACAAGACAGUCAUUGGUGUCAAUAGAAAACGUCAUUUUAAAGAAUUCCUCAGCACAUCUUUGAUGUCAAAUGUAGGAAAUUCGUUUAAAAGACGUCGUUUUGGCAUCUUCUCCUGGCAGACAGUAGGCAUUGCUCUACGAAAUUCAGAUAAGAUAGCUUUGGAAGUUGAUGCAUUUGCAAGGAUGUAUAAACUAAAACUUUUGCAACUCAAAAAUUUACAAGUCAAUGGAAGCUUUGAAAAUUUUCCGAAAGGAUUACGAUGGUUGUGUUGGCAUGGAUUCUCUUUCAACUCUAUAUGCGAUGAUUUCCCUUUGGAUAACCUGGUUGUUCUUGAGAUGUCGUAUAGCAACUUGCAAAAGGUUUGGGAAGGAACCAAGGUUGCUCAAAUAUUAAGGAAUUGCCAAUAGAGAUGGGGACUAUGGAUUCUUUAACAAAGUUUAAUGCAAAUGGAACUGUCGUAAGUCCAUUACUCUCUACCACUAAGGAGGUCAAACCAUGGUAUUCAUUCAUCUGGCCUUCUCUAUCGAAACCAAGAAAAAGUGUAGAAAUUUCAUGUACUCUUUUACCACGGUAUUUGGUACACUUAAGUCUUGUCGAUUGCAAAUUAUCGGAGGAUGCUUUUCCAAAGGAUUUUUGCAACCUAUUCUCAUUGCAGAUAUUAAAUCUGGGCAAUAAUCCAUUUUGUAGCCUCCCCAAUUGCAUCAAAGGUCUUACUGGACUUCAGGUCCUUGAAUUAAAUGAGUGUAAAAGGCUUUAAUCAUUUACAGUGGAGCAGAAUUU